UCAUAAUCUCUUCUUUGACAAAGUUUUUUUCUUUUUUUUAAAAAAAAUAAAAGUUGGACUUAUGUUUUGGGUGGAAUUAAAUUCCUUUCAUUUGGUUUCUCCUUUUUCUGGCUUACUUUUUUAAAUCUUAUUCACACUUCCACUGGAAUGUUCCUCUGAACCUCUGUUUUGUAAUUUUGCCAAGUUGUUAUUCUUGUAUGGAAUGAUGAUGGUGGGGAUAUGGGUAUCUUUAGUGUCAUCUCCGGUUCUUGGGACAUGACCUACCUUCAAACUGAAGUUUUGAUGCUUUGUACUGAUUCAUUUGGAAGUGUUUAUUGCUUACCAGUUUCGGAUUCAUAUAGCCAACUUCAACUUGUUUGGGAUUGAGGCGUAGUUGUUGUACACCAGGGACAGGAAAUUGUGUUAUGGGUUGGUUAGAAAAGAUAUUUGGAGGUUCCACACACAGGAUCUCUGGUGGACAAUACCAUGGUGGGUAUGAGGGUGCGCAAUAUCAUGGGGGUUACGAUGGAGGGCAAUAUCAUUCGGGGCAUGAAGGAGAACAAUAUCAUGGAGGGUAUAAGGACAGUACUACUUGGGACGGACCAACUACAUCAGUGGAUGAAUUGUCAGAUUUUGAUAAAGAAGAAAUUGAUCGUGCCAUUGCACUUUCUCUAGCAGAAGAGGAUCAGAAAGGGAAAAAAGUAAUUGAGAGUGAACCCCAUUUGGAGGAAGACGAGGCUCUCGCCAAGGCCCUUCAGGAAAGUUUGAAUGUGGAGUCUUCUCCACCACCACCACCACCUCGAUAUGAUUAUGGAAGUCCCUUUCCCUCACUCUCAUACUCGUUUCCGUAUGGGUAUAGGGUCUGUGCCGGUUGCAAUGCUGAAAUUGGACAUGGAAGAUAUUUAAGUUGCAUGGGAGCUGUUUGGCAUCCAGAAUGUUUCCGUUGCCAUGGUUGCAAUCAACCAAUUUCCGACUAUGAGUUUUCAAUGUCAGAUAACCGUCCAUACCAUAAAUCAUGCUACAAGGAACAGCAUCACCCAAAAUGUGAUGUAUGCAAGAGCUUUAUUCCAACAAAUCCGGCUGGUCUAAUUGAAUAUAGGGCUCAUCCUUUCUGGCUUCAGAAGUAUUGCCCAUCACAUGAAACUGAUGGGACGCCUCGUUGUUGCAGUUGUGAGAGAAUGGAGCCCGUAGAUGCCAGAUAUCUGAUACUUGAAGAUGGUAGGAAGCUGUGUCUAGAGUGCUUGGACUCUUCAAUAAUGGACACUCAUGAAUGUCAACCCCUUUAUCUUGAGAUACAAGAAUUUUAUGAAGGUUUAAAUAUGAAAGUAGAGCAGCAAAUUCCUUUGCUUCUAGUUGAAAGACAAGCAUUAAAUGAAGCAAUGGAAGGAGAAAAGAACGGUCAUCAUCACAUGCCUGAGACUCGAGGACUCUGCCUGUCCGAGGAACAGACCAUUAGCAGUAUUUCAAGGAGACCACGGAUAGGUGGUUAUCGGAUUUUAGAUAUGUUUACAGAGCCUUACAGGUUAAUUCGACACUGUGAAGUGACAGCUAUUCUAAUCUUGUAUGGUCUUCCUAGGUUAUUGACUGGUUCAAUUCUGGCUCAUGAAAUGAUGCAUGCAUGGUUACGGCUUAAAGGUUAUCCGAGUUUAAGUCCAGAAGUGGAAGAAGGUAUCUGCCAAGUUUUAGCUCACAUGUGGUUGGACUCAGAAAUUAUAGCUGGUUCUGGCAGUACUUCAACUUCUGCAUCUACCUCUGCAUCCUCAUCAUCAUCUUCAUCACCAUCUACUUCAUCAAAGAAAGGGAAACGCUCCGACUUUGAGAAGAAACUGGGUGAUUUUUUUAAGCACCAAAUUGAAUCAGAUACAUCAGCAGCUUAUGGGGAUGGAUUCAGAGAAGGUAACAAGGCAGUGCUCAAGUAUGGCCUUAAGACGACACUUGAUCACAUCCGGCUUACAGGAACCUACCCGUGUUAAAAUUUUCAGUCAUUCCGAGUGUUUCCACUUCCACGCGGAUGCUGUAAACAAACCUUCUAUACUAGUUUUGUAGGACCACAUAGCACAUACAAUUAUAAUCAUUACAGAAUAAUUAAAAGAUAAAGAGUAAAUGCAGCAAUAAGAUGCAGAUACGUUUAAUACA